AUGAGUAGAAAAAUACAUGGUGAAAAUGACUCCGAGAGAAUCACUAGUGAAGGGACAGCUGCCCGCACAAGACCUCUAAGCAUUAAGGACAUUAUGCUGUGGCGUGAAAAGAAGGCUGCAUCAGAAUCUAAGAAAGCCAAGGAAGGGCUAGAAAAUGGUAAGGGCAAAUCUACUCACUUGGAACAAGGAAGAGAACACAAAAGCAGAAAGGAUCCCAGAGAUAUGCCUGUGGAGGGUUCAAGAAAGGAGAACAGUAGAGAUGCAACAAGGGAGGGCUCCAAGAAAGAAAAUCCAAGACAUAUACCAAGGGAAAAUCCAAAAAAGGAGGACAUGAGAUAUGCACCAAAGGAGGUAUCCAAGAAGGACAACUCUAGAGAUAGGCCAAACACUGGUGCGAAGAUGGAUGACCUGAAAGAUGCACCAAAGGUCCUGGAGAAGGAAGGCCUGGGAGAUGCACCAAAGAAGGCUUCCAAGAAACAGAGGCCCUCAGGAGACGAUAAUCAUUCAGUUAGGAAAGACAAAGGCAUUCAUCAUUCUCAGAAACUUGUCACAAACAUGAGUGGUCGGGCUGAUGAAAGCAAAGAUAGAAAUCUUAGUGAGAUCAGAGAAAGAAAGGGUGAUGUAAUGAGAUCUGAGUAUCAAAAGGAACCUGGAAAAAGAUGGAAUGAUGAAGCUGUUGGUGAUGAUAAAAUAAAGUUUAAGAGUGAGAAGCUUCGAAAUGAGACAAAGAGAAAAGACCGUAGCUUUGAUAAUGAGAGGAGGUCAGAGGUAGAUCGACCAAUGUUGAAGAAACAGGAUUCUGCACGGUUCCAAGAUUCCAAGCAUUCUGAUAGAAAUGCUGGAAGGAAUGAGUAUGCAAAACCAUACCAUGAAGAACCAGGGUUUAAAAGGAGAAGGUCCAGAAGCAGGGAUCAUAAUCGAGAAAGAUACGGCAGGUCUAUCUCACCACCACUAAGGGAAGAAAGGUAUAAUUACCAUGGACGUGAUUUUGGCAAUUAUCCUCCAUACUACUCUAUGGAGAAAUCAAGGAGGAAGUAUGCUGAAGUUGAUAAACAAAGAUCGUCUGGGAGUGGAGGAUACAUUGGUGGGUCGCACCAGAAAUAUGAAAGCCGUCUUGGUGGAUACUCACCAAGGAAAAAGAAAACAUCACUGCAAGCUGAGCAGGCAACUACCAAGACUCCUUCCAAGGUCAUUCAGUCCCCAGAAAAGAAAUCAGCCACAUGGGAUCAGCCUCCUGUUAAAGCAAACCAAUCUAACUUCCCUACCACUUUCCUGCCAACUGUUGGCCAGAUGGCUCCUACUCCAUUCAGUUUCAGCGCGAUAAAGAAGGACCCUUCAACUACAGUUGAGACCAUGUUGGCGGGUAAUAGUUUGACUGCAGAUUCUGUCCAGCUUACACAAGCAACACGCCCACUCAGGAGGUUGCACAUUGAAAAUUUGCCUGAUUCAGCUACGGAGGAUAAGUUGAUUGACUGCUUGAAUGACUUCUUAUUGCCUACUGGCAUUAAACCCCAGCGGUCUAAACCAUGCCUCAGUUGCACGAUAAACAGAGAAAAACGUCAGGCAUUUGUGGAAUUUCUUACACCAGAGGAUGCUACAGCAGCUCUUUCUUUUGAUGGAAGGUCUCUAAACGGAUCUGCUUUGAGAAUUCGACGCCCCAAAGAAUAUGUUGAAACGGUGAAUGUAACCCCUAAGAAGCCUGCUGAAGAGACUGCUUUAAUAUCUGACGUUGUUGCAGAUUCACCACACAAGAUUUUCAUAGCGGGGAUUGCUGGAGUGAUCUCAUCUGAGAUGCUAAUGGAGAUUGUUAGUGCAUUUGGCCCGUUGGCUGCGUACCACUUUGUUUUUAACAGUGAGCUCGGUGGACCCUGUGCAUUUCUUGAGUAUGCCGAUCGCUCCAUUACUUCUAAGGCAUGUGCUGGCCUCAAUGGGAUGAUGCUUGGUGGAUGUGUACUGACUGCUGUGCAUGUGUUUCCUAAUCCUCCUGUGGAGGCUGCUAAUGAGGCUUUCCCAUUUUAUGGUAUUCCUGACAACGCCAAAUCGCUUCUGAAAAAACCAACAAAGGUCCUGCAGCUAAAAAAUGUGUUUGAACGAGAAGAGUAUAUGCUACUUUCAAAAUCUGAGCUGGAAGAAACUUUGGAAGAUGUACGUGUUGAAUGUACGAGGUUUGGAGCAGUCAAAUCUGUAAAUGUAGUUGAGUAUCCUGCUGGUGGUGGUAGUGCUGCAGAGGAUAACAUAGUUGAGCUCAAGAUUGAAUGCACUGAAUUUGCUGAUACUGAAAACAUUGCAAAGGCUGUAUCAGAAUAUUCUGUACCGAUCAAUCAGAGCAUAGAUGUUCUAAAUCAUUCUGAAGCUUUGGAAACUAAAGAUGUAGAUCUUAUUCCAGAGAGUCAAGAUCAGAAGGACAAACACUUCCCAUCAAAUGCAGCACUUUGUGAGAGUAAAGCGCCUGUAGCAGAUGAGGACACAGAGCUUGAUGAAACUCAGUCUAGAGCUGCUCUCCCCACGUCACAACAUGCUGAAGCUGGUCAUACUGAAGCAGCUGUGGAUGGGAAUAAACAUACAGGAGUAGGGGAGGUGGACGAUGAUGCAGUAGAAAAGAGUCAUCAAGACCCAAGAACCUCAGAGACCUGUAGUCCUGCUGAACCUACAGACAAAGUGGCGAAACCUGGAAGGUACUCUGAACAACAAGAACGAGGUGCUGAUGAUGUGACUGAAGAUCGUCCAGAAAAAGUCCCAGCUGUUGAGACCAGUGACACUGGUUUCGUGUUUGAAUCUGGUUCUGUGCUUGUGGAGUUCAUGCGGAAGGAGGCUGCAUGCAUCGCCGCACAUUCCUUGCAUGGACGGCGCUUCGGGAACAGAACUGUGCAUGCUGGAUAUGCUCCAUACGAUCUCUACUUGCAGAAAUACCCAAGGUGA